AUGGUGGUAGAGGAGUUUUACUUCUUGUUACAAGAAAGACGGAAAACUUUGACAGAUAUUCUGAAUUCUAAAUUAGCCAAUGCACAAGAUCCAGAAAAUACACAGAACUCAUGUAAUGAAUCGUACAUUACUCAUAAGAAUGCCUUAGAAGUGGAUGCUGAAAUGGAAAUGCAAAUAAAUUCGAUAGCAACAAGUCGAUAUGAGAGGUUGAUAAAUGAUAUUGAACUUCAAGCCAAAGGACUAAAGUUACCCGAAAUAGAUGAUAAAGAGACUAGAAUAGAUAUUAACAAACUGAUUAGAUUCCGUUUAAAAAAUCAAAGCACCAUUACAACUAAUGAUUCCAACUUGGAAGAAAAUCGUGAAAAACUACGUCGUUUGUUGGAGACUGCUAAAUCACAGAAACAUUCUAAUAAUGCUCUAACGAGAAAGUUGAAAGGAUCUAUAUCACGUAAAAUCCGUCCGGCUACAUCGCAAAGUUUCACCAAGCGCAUAAAUCGAGUUCCAGGCGUCAAUGGUAGAUCAGAAAAGAUUUCUGCUGAUCAAUGGCCACCGUCGGAAAAUGGCUUUUUCUGUUUACUUAGAGGAUUUCUUACACACGGGGGUGGACGCAGGAAAUUAACUACAGCUCAAAUUUGUGAAUAUGUUCGGGAAUGGCAAGUUUGCAAUCAGAACAGGUUAAGAAAAGUUGGCAAAAUUUGCGGCUGGAUUAAUCGGGUAGAAGAUUGGUCCUCUGUAACUCCACAUGCAUUAGAUUUUCUUACUGCAGAAAACCCACCUGACAGUUCUCACCGACUUGUUUGCCCAAGACCAUUUGUUGAUCUAAAACCACGCAUUCAUCAGUGGUGUUGGCUUCUAUAUCCCUCAUCAGGAAUAAACCCUAAAGUCGACCAAGAAUGGAUCCAAAAGUUUGAAAUAGAAACCAGAGAGUUGACGAACUUAUUUUUUGAUUGGCUUCGGGCUCCUCGAGGUCUUGGUGGAUUGACAGAUGCAGUUUUAUCUAUAUCAGACCCUUCGCUUUCAAGUGGGAAGAGUAAAGUCAAGCUAAACAAGAAUACUAAUUCUUCAACCAGAGAAAAACAGUAUUCUGAAGGCUCUGAUGGUGACGGUGAUGUAGAAGACUCCGAAAUUGAUGAAGGUGAAAGAUGUUUGCGAAUCGAUGAUUGUCAAGUUGAGUCAGAUGAUGAUGGUGAUCAAAAAAGUAAAGACACCCAAAAGAUAAGAAAAAAAGUUAUAUCAAAACACUCUCACCAGUCAGUAUCCCACGAAGAUAAUCAACUUUAUUCUGAUGAUGAUAUUCCUCCACCACUUUAUCCAACUAGAUGGAGACUCCGACCAUUUUCAAAGGAAGAGAAAUAUGAUUUUCAACUACAAGAAGCUGAACGCUUUUCACAUCCAUGGUCUCCAUUUGUUUAUCACAUACAAGACUACUGCGCUGUAGUUGGACCGUUACGUUCCGCUCCAAGUGCUUUAAAUCAUGAUUUAAUAUCAUAUAAUUCUGGCCGUAAUUGGUCUAGUCACUCAAAAGCUAGAGACCAUCCUUUGCUGAAACUUGACCGUCCUAUGUUUGUUAGUUUGGCUGAAAUUGUUCGAGACGCUGUGGCCUGUUUACCUAACGGGGAAGGUACCCGUGCAGAUAUCACCAUCCUUGUACAGAAUAGUGGUUUUUUAUUACCAAAUAUCAAUCCACGCCAGUUACAACAGUGUGUCAGUUCUGCAUUGGAUCGAUUGCAAGGCGAAACUUCUGAUCCGUCAGUCUACUUCAAUAAUAAUCGUCGUAUGUGGAUUUAUCGUCAUCGAAAUAGAACUGUUGAAAAGUUCGCUGAACUACACGAAACAAGAUGUGCAGUAAAUGAAACAAAAAAAAUUAUUCAACGCGGUGGCGGUACACCUGUUAUGAAUGCUAACAAAAUAAUUAAACCUACUAAUCAAUUUAUGCCUGACAAAUAUUCAGAAUAUUCUAACAAACAAAAUAACUUACGGCAUAAUUCUUCAAAAUAUUCUGGACGUUAUCAUAAUCAUCAUCACAGUGGGAGACAUAUUCAAUCGGGUUACAUCAGUCGAGAUUAUGGUUAUAUGGAAUUGAGCGGUGUCUAUUCAUUAAAUGAUGAUGAUCAUAUACCUGAUAUAGAAGAAUUAGAAGCGGCUGAUGAAAUGAACAUGAUUGAAUAUAGUUGCACAUCUGUUGAAUAUCCAAUGAAUUCUAACCAUGUCAAAGGUCAUGUUAGUGGUGCUGCUGUUGAUAACACGGAAUAUGUUGAGGAUGAUGAAGAUGAUGAUGAACUGGAUGAAGUGAGUUAUGAGAAUGAAAUUUUAAAUGCUUGGGACGAUGACAAUUCUAGUGAACAACAGCUUGUCAAUCAUCCUACCUCUGAACAACAGAAACAAGUGAAUCAAAAAUUCAAAAAAAGACCUAGUAGAUACUUGGAUCCAUUUCAGUCAAGAAGUCCAACAUCAUUUAUUUUGCCAUCAAAUAAUUAUUCUCGAUCAACUGUCGGUAAUUUUAAACAAUCACAAUUAAAGGAUUCCAAUUACUCACUUAAUUCAAAGCAAUAUCAUCAAAAUUACACAACUGCUACCGCAGAUGAUGAUGCUGAGGUCGGAAACUUUAUAAUUGAUAAUGAAGAAAUGAAUGAAGAGUAUUUUUAA